UGGGAAAGGUAACUAUGCUUACGUUAAAGGUGUCUCACCAGUGUUGUAAAUAGAUUAGUACCAAUAAUAGUAUUUAACGAAAGCGGACAUCGUCCUUACUGCAACAAAUUGAGCAACAUGAUGCACUUCAUGCUGCUCUUCAGUCGGCAGGGCAAGCUCAGGCUGCAGAAAUGGUUCAUUGCCAUUGAAGAAAGGGAGAAGAUGAAGAUCAUAAGGGAAAUGACUCAGAGUGUGCUGGCAAGACAGCCAAAGACAUGCAACUUCAUGGACUGGAAAGACUUGAAAAUUGUGUACAAGAGAUACGCUAGCUUGUAUAUUUGCUGUGGAAUGGAGGAUCAGGACAAUGAGCUUUUGACAAUUGAAAUCAUGCAUCGUUACAUUGAACUCUUGGACAAGUAUUUUGGAAAUGUAUGUGAGUUGGACAUCAUUUUUAAUUUCGAAAAGGCCUAUUUUAUUCUUGAUGAGUUUCUCAUCGGAGGAGAAGUUCAAGAAACGUCAAAGCUGUCAGUUUCAAAAUGCAUAGAGGAGUCUGAUCUGAUGCAAGAGGUGAGUCCAGGGAUGAAAGAUACAUUGCUAAAGGUAAUAAGCUUUCGGCAGCAGCCCACUUCUCGGGUGCAAUGCAGGUGUUCAUGUUUUACCGAAGGGAAAAAGGCACAGGUGCAGAAAGAUGGGUGAGGCUGUUUACGUGGUGCAGAAAGACCGGCCCAUGUAAAACUGAACUGAACCAAGCACAUGAAACGUUCUCUUCGAUCCGUGCUUGUUCUCCAGACCACCGCACCACACCGUGUACAGCUUGUCCUGUGUGUGUUUUUUAUAAUGGCUGCUGAUACAGGGUGUGUCCUGAUGGUGAGUGAGAUUUCCACUGACACUCUAAAGGUAAUACUUUCUUUUUUUCCCCAUCAGUAUUGAGUGUUGAUAAAUGUAAUGAAUUGAUAUAAGUGCAGUUAUUCUAUGGUCCUAACCCUAACUCUAAUGUUAAGGUAUGUGUGUGUGCUGGAAAUAAAGAAUUGAUUUAAAUCUUAAGCUCGGUAUUCAAAUUCUCUCAGCUGGUCCAUCGCUGAAAAGCCUGGCCCGUCUUUCUACACCUAUGCCAGGAAAACUAUUAAAAAAAAAAAAAAUAAUAAUAAUAAUGUAUAUAAUUAAAAAAAAAAAACAAUAUCCAAAUUAUAUGCCCUGUGCUACUGUUUUUAUACAAUAAUAUUGAAGGAUGCAGUCACGAAGCACCAGAGAGAAAGAGUGUGGGUCGCUCAGUGUUAAAGUGUGAUCCCGGGGGAGAUGUGAUCAUUUCCUAAAAUAGGACCUGAAAAUUGCAGUCCAGUACAGAGCUGAGUGAACAUUAUUCAAGAGCACAGCCCUGUCCUCCUCCCAGAGAGCUGUACUGUGAAUUCCAGUCUGAAGUACUAAUUGUUCCAGUUCAAACAGUGAUUUACUUCAUGGCUCUGGGUUUGAUCAAAAUGAUAGUGCUGCCUAUCAAGUAGAGCUAUGGUAGAGUCGUAAACUGUGUGCCAAAUUACCCUGCAUCUUGUAAAGAACCAGUGUGGUGAAAUAAAGGAACAGAAUAAAAAGAAGAAAGGAGAAAAAAGUGAUUCAGUCUUCCCUUGUGCUGCAAAAUCCACAUCAAUGCAACCUUUUCAUGGUGGAGUAAAGGGCAUCAAUCUGUUAAAGUAAGUGAGAGGAAGGAAUCAGGGGAAUCGCUAGAAGUGAGAGGGGGAACCUGUGUGUAUUUUCUUUAAUAGGGAACAAGUCCAACUUGGAGUGUGCUGUUAUGUGGACGACUUGCAGUGACCUGUAUCCAGGCUAACAACUGUCCCUUUUCUGCUUUGCUGAACAUCUGGCUGAUGUCAUUAACAGGGGUGGAAGCUAAACUCCUAUUACCUCUUAGGGUUUAAAACGGGCUCACAACUGAUGUUUUGAUUUCCUCUAUGGGUUUCCGAAUUGGGCCUCAACACCUAUAGUGACUGAAAUCGCUACUCGGUGCAAAUCUCCUUGUCAUGAGGCCCAAUAAUCCAACCCAGACAAACCCCACAGUGUGCAGAAACACCGCUUCACUACAGGCCCACAAUGACUUCCCCUAAUGCCCACAAAAUAUUUUAAGAGUUAGCUGUACAGUUGGCUCACAUUUCACAGUAGGCUUAAGACAUCUUUAGAGUUUUCCUAUGGUGAUAUAUUGUGGAUCAGCACUUUUACUUAAUUGCUUUGAAAGGUAGGGUUAUAAAAGCUAAUCACUUGCUUAUUGAAAUCAGGGUGCAAUGCAUAUAGCAAGAAUGGUAUUGCAGUUGCUUAUAUUUAUUAUUGUCCACUAGGUGGCAAACAAGAGCAGAGAUACUUUUUGCAAAUCUCUUUUUUC